UAUGCCGAGGCAAACACAGUCCAAAAUAAGCCUUUAAACCUUAUGUACGGACUACCUUAGGUACCUAGGUACGUAGCUGCCAUGUCUUAUGAUGUACAUAUGCAAGUUCUUUUUCUCCGCAAAUCGGCAAAAUGUGGGGGAUCAAACACCCCUAGGCGCAGAUUAUGAUUGGUGAAUUCCCCUCAUCUUCAAUUUUUGCCUUUGCUAUCCGUACGACCUGCGUAAAACCGCAACCAUCAUAUAACGUGUAUGCGGUAUAUGCGGUAUAUGCGGUAUAUGCGUCCGGAGAUCUCCAACAAAUAUCGGCACUGCGGCAUCACUUUGGUGCUUUAAAGUUCAAACCCGCCCCGUUACGCUGAACUUCCCUCAGCCCCGGGAUCCAUCCAAGUCACGCCGUCAUUCUCGACGCUCGUGCCCGUACCUGUGCCCGUGCCCUGUUAUUUACCUAUAAAUCGUAUGCGCCGAGUCUCUUAUUCACCAUGAGCGCAACCUAUUCAUCCGCGGCCCGUUGCUUUCGGCCGUCUGUUUUCUACAGAUCGGCCAGGCCGCUUGUAAGAUCGUCGCCUAUCACAGUUAGACCGGCGGUGCCAGUGGCGCUUUUCCACCAAACCAGAUUCAACAUGGCUGUGCAGAAGAUCCAGGUCAAGAAUCCCGUCGUGGAACUUGACGGUGAUGAGAUGACAAGGGUGAUCUGGAAGGUUAUCAAGGACAAAUUCAUCUUCCCCUAUCUUGAUGUCGACUUGAAGUACUACGACUUAGGAUUGGAGUACCGCGAUGAGACCAAUGACCAAGUUACCCUUGACGCUGCCGAGGCCAUUAAGAAGCACUCGGUUGGUAUCAAAUGCGCCACCAUCACCCCUGACGAAGCCCGCGUAAAGGAAUUCAACCUUAAGCAGAUGUGGCUCUCCCCUAACGGCACAAUCCGUAACGCCCUCGGUGGUACCGUCUUCCGCGAACCCAUCGUCAUCCCCCGUAUCCCGAGAUUGGUGCAAGGAUGGAAAAAGCCUAUCAUCAUCGGUCGUCAUGCCUUCGGUGACCAGUACCGAGCCAAGGACAAAGUCAUCCCGGGCCCCGGUAAACUCACCAUGGUAUAUACCCCCGAGGGUGGCAAACCCGAGGAGAUUGAGGUCUUCCAGUUCAAGGAGGGCGGCGGCGUUGCGCAGACACAGUACAACACCACCGAGAGCAUUACGGGCUUCGCGCAUUCCAGCUUUAAGCUAGCCCUUGACAAGGGGCUGCCCUUGUAUAUGAGCACUAAGAACACCAUCCUCAAGAAGUAUGACGGCAAAUUCAAGGAUAUCUUCCAGGAGCUGUACGACACCCGAUACAAGAAGGAAUUCGAGGCCAAGGGAAUCUGGUACGAGCACCGUCUGAUUGAUGAUAUGGUUGCCCAGAUGAUCAAGAGCACUGGCGGUUAUAUCAUGGCGCUAAAGAAUUACGACGGUGACGUCCAAUCCGACAUUGUGGCCCAGGGCUUCGGCUCUCUAGGUCUCAUGACUUCAGUCCUAAUUACACCCGACGGUAAGACAUUCGAGUCCGAAGCCGCUCACGGCACAGUGACGCGACACUACCGCGAGCACCAAAAGGGCCGUGAGACUUCGACGAACCCGAUCGCUAGCAUUUUCGCGUGGACCCGAGGUCUUUCGCAGCGUGGCAAGCUAGACAACACCCCGGAACUAACCGCAUUCGCCGAGAGCCUAGAGAAAGCGUGUGUCGAUACCGUUGACGUCGACGGCAUCAUGACCAAGGAUCUGGCGCUCGCAUGCGGCAAGACCGCCCGCGAAGACUACGUCACUACCAACGAGUACAUGGACGCGGUCGAGAAGCGCUUAAAGAGUACUCUCAAGGAGAAGCUAUAAAUGAGGCAUACGAGGAAUGAGUAGAAGGCCGACAGAUAUAGAUCAAGACAAGAUCUGGAUUCUGGGGAAGACUUAAAGCGUGGGGAGGCACGGACGGACACGGCCCCACAUUUUCUCUCAGGGGGAAACUUAUGGAGAUCUACUGCGAUUCUGCAUAUGUAACCCUUUGCGCUCCCGGGUAUUGAAUGUUCGAAAUGCGCAUAUAGAUACCUAGAUAAAGAUAGCAUGCGAGCAUUUUGUGGUGCGAAGAAGAAAGAAAGAACAUUGAAGCAUUGGUCAGAUAAUUGAUAAAGUUCUAAAUUGUGCGCUAACCUCAUGUUUGUUUGGUAUCCACCUUUAUAUAUGGUUUAGUUACUACCUAGGUACCUAGGUAUCAACAUUGAACCUUUAGCUUGCAACUUCUAUCUCAAAUCUCUUUACUGUAGGACAGUAGACACAGCAUAAGUGUUCAAAUAUAU